AUGGCUGUGGCGGUUAUAACGAAAGAAAUCCAACGCAUUAAUUCCCAAGAAAUAGAGCGUAAUAUUUCCGCGUCGGCAUCUUGGCACGCACAAUAUAAAGACUCCCCUUAUAUAUUUGUUGCAAACGUGCCUUUUGACUUGACGGAAGGUGAUUUAAUUGCAGUAUUUUCUCAAUAUGGUGAAAUUUUAGACAUACAGCUAGCUCGUGAUAAAAAUACAGGCCUGUCUAAAGGUUUUGCUUUUUUGAAAUAUGAAGAUCAAAGAAGCACUGUUCUAGCCGUUGAUAAUUUGAAUAAUAUUCAGCUAUUAGGGCGUACUAUACGUGUAGACCAUGCAAGCGCUGAAACGAAAGAUGGGCGUCGUAGGACGGGAAUGAACGCUGCUCCACAAUCGAUCAAAG